AUGCCAUUACCGAAGAAACCCACAGCGGACUCAGACUGCUCGCUGCUGCAACAGCUGUACAACAAUGGCUAUGAGGUGGCAAGCCACACGCUGACUCACCAGAGAAUGAACGAGUACAGUCGGGAACAGGUGGUGGCGGAAGUGGCUGGCGGCCGCGCCAUGCUGGCCGCCACAUGCGGCAUCCCCGAUGGAGACAUCGUUGGCUUUCGGGCACCCUUCCUGCAAAGCCGCCCCACCCUGCGCCAGGUGCUGCAUGGGGCGGGAGGUUUCCUGUAUGACAGCAGCCUGCUGGAGGAGGCAGAGGGCUCCAUCGCCCGUGGCCUGGCCGCCCGGGUGUGGCCAUACAGCAUGGACGGCGGUAUCCCACAAGACUGCUCGCGGUGGUCCCCGGCACAGGAAUGCAACCAGCGGGAGCGCUACCCAGGCCUCUUCCAGGUCCCGGUGUGGGUUGCUCAGGACUGGGCUAAGGACAGUCGCGGCGCGUACAAGAUCCUGAAGUCCAGCUUCGAUGCUGCGUAUGAGGGCAACCGUGCACCGCUCCCAAUCUUCAUUCACACCUCCUGGUUCGAAGACCACCUGGACGGCAUGCUGCAGUUCAUCGAUUACGUUCAGAGCAAGCCGCACGCCUACUUUGUUACCAUGCGGCAGCUGCUGGCCUGGAUGCAACGCCCCGUGCCCGCUGGCCAGCUCACCCCAGCCGCGCUGGCGCAAGGAGCAGGAGAUAGCAGGGGGCCAGUCAGCACUGCCUCCACUCCCAGCGCCAGCUGGGAACCAGCCACUGGCAGUGCCGAGGCCAGCCCCGCCGCCAGCAGCAGCGCGAUCAAUGUGGUGGCGGUAGCGGGCGGUGUGGCGGGCGGCGUGGUCGCCACGCUGCUCCUCACCACCACGGCUUGCUUCAUGGUGAAGCGGCGGCAGGAACGGGACCGCUCCGCAGCAGCCGGCGGCGCGGGAUUGCCCCAGGGCCCGCACCAGGGCGGCGUCACAGCGCACAUCAGUGGCAGCGCGGCAGCAGGGAUGGGUGUCAAGACACGCGCUGCCAGGCUUGCAGAGGAAGACAGCGCCUACAGCAGCUCGCCACGUUUCAUGCUUACACCCCGCACACGCAUAGGCGACAUGGCUUGA